AUGGCAUCGGAGACUGGUACUAUCAAAACCUCUCCCACCCAUGUCCACCAUGGGAAAGAAUUCGACCUCCGGGAGUGCGAUGAGCAGACCCCAAACAGUGAGAACGCAGGUUCCAGCAGCGUAGCAGGCUUGAACGAAGUCUUUUAUCGUACUGGUCUGACCGGUCACCUAUUCCUGGUGGUUAUUAUCAUCUCUCUCGGUCUCACCAUGUUUGUCUAUGCCAUGGAUGAGGGGGUCACCCAACAGUUUACGCUGAUUGCGGCCUCCUCCUUCAGCAUGCACGCCCAGCUGGGCGCGGUGAACACCGCCAGUACGGUGAUUAAUGGUAUCACCAAGCCAGUAAUCGGCAAGCUGGCCGACGUCCUGUCCCGUCCGACCAGCUACAUUAUCUCUCUCCUGUUCUAUGUGAUCGGAUAUGUGGUGGCGGCCAGCUGCACGAACUUUGUCGCCUACACCGUUGGCGUGGCCCUCACGGCGGUUGGCAAGGCUGGCCUCAACAUCCUCUGCCAAAUCAUUGUGGGCGACCUGACGACCCUGCAGUGGCGCGGCUUCUGGACCAGCAUGAUCAUCGCUCCCUACCUCGUGACGACCUUCACCAAUGGCUUCAUUAUUGAUGCCUUUGUGCCCGAACAGUGGAGAUGGGGUCUGGGCAUGUUCGCUAUUAUGAUCCCGGUUCUGCUCAUCCCCGCGAUCAUCGCAUUAUACGGGACGCAGCAGAGAGCUCGCCAUAUCAGAAGAAUGGGGAGUGGUGCGCCAGAGAAAGAAAAGGAGAGCACGUUACAUACAGCCUGGCAAUGUUUGAUUGCGAUCGAUAUUCCCGGCCUCGUGCUGCUCGGUUUCUCCUUCUCGCUCAUUCUUCUUCCUCUGUCACUUGCUGAGGCUGCUGAGAAUGGCUGGAAAAACCGCAGCAUGAUUGCCAUGGAAGCUGUUGGCUUCGUCAUUCUCGCGCUAUUUGUUGCAUUUGAGAUGUACAUCGCGCCGAAGCCUAUCAUGACGAAGCGGAUCAUCGCCAACAAGGUCUUCCUGGCUGCCCUGGGCGCCAACCUUUUCGACCAAAUGACAACCACACUGGGAAGCAACUACUUCUCGUCGUAUAUCUAUAUCAUCAAAGACUGGGACAACUACACCUGGACCGUCUUUACCGGUGCCCGGAACCUUGCCAUCACUGUCUUUAGCAUGGCUGGCGGUUUCCUCCAGGUCCGAUACCACGGUUAUCGCACCCAGAUGAUUAUCGGGGCCGUGCUGAAGGUCGUGGGCUACGCGGCGUGCCUCACGAGCGACCAGCGCAGCACACAAAGCACGGCUGCGCUGGCCAUCUCACAGGUGCUCCUGGGAACCAGCGCUUUGACUGCCCUUGGGUCCCGCAUUGGAGCCAUGGCCUCGGUGCCUCACGAAGAUAUGGCCUCCAUCAUCGCCGCUUAUUUCCUUUGGACGUAUCUGGGCAGUGCUGCUGGGUAUGCCAUUGCUUCCGCGAUCUGGACGGAUCGUAUGCUGGGGUUCAUGCGCCAGGAGCUUCCAGACGCCCCGGACAGUACACUCCAGGAGAUCUAUAGUUCCGUGAGUAUUCUUCACACCGAGUAUGACUUGCAUGACCCCAUCCGUGAGGGGGCUAUCCGAGCUUAUGCGCGCACCAACGGCAUCAUUUUCAUCGUCGCCGCCGCCAUCUCCACGCUAUCUAUCUUCUGCUCUUUUAUGAUGCCUGAUUAUUACCUUGGCAAGCAGCAGAACGCCGUGACCAAUUUAGGCCUCGAUGGCAAACCAGUCGAACUCCCGACGGGUGGCAAGAGGGAGCAGAGCUUCUGGGCUCGGAUGAAGUCUAGGUACUUUAAGGAGACGUAA